AAUAAAUGCAACAUCCUCACGAAGUGGUCGAUAUGUUCAACGAAUUUAAAUCUCCAUAGACAAAUUUAUUGAACGUGAAAGAGUUUUUGGAAUUGCUCUAAGAAUCUGGAAUGGACAAAAGCUGUUAAUUGUUAUACAAGAAAUUACAUAAGAAAAGAAAUGACAAUUUGAAUUUGAAUUAAUUUGCGGAAAGUUUCCAUUAUGAUUCUAGUGAUUUUGAAAACUUUGAGAUGCUAUUUCAGAUCAUGGAUACAAGCAAUUCAAAAAAGUUAAGCAAGUAGGAAUUAAAAAAAUAAUGUGAUAUUUUGGGUAUUAUUGUGAUGGAUAUAGAUAGGGAUGGGAUUUAGCGAUAAAGACAUAGAUAUCAUGAUCAAUCAAAUUGGAAGUGAGGAAUAAGAUGUUGUAUCCAGGGAUAAAUUAUGGAGUGUAUUACAAUAAUAUAAAAAUCAUGAAUUUCAUCAUUAGUGA